UACGUACAGCUAAUCCCAAAAUUAAGAAGCGAAAAUAAUUUCAAUUCAGAAAACAAAAACAGAAGAAAAUUACAGCUCUCUCUGGUUCAUUUCCAAGUUCAAUGAACGAACGAACCCACUCGGAUUCGUUAUAAUCCGAUUCCUCAAAUGUAGAGUUUCACCACAGUGAAACCCCACUGCAGAGAAAGCGUUAGAGAGCAAAUCCGAGUUUUCUAGUGUGUGUUAGAUUCGGAGCGGGACCCGAUGUCGUCGGUCUACAGUCCGGGUCGGAGCCCCGGGAGUUCGAGGCUUCAGGUGGCCGGCGGAGGAGGAGGAGUGGGAGGAGUUGCGAGGCUGAGAUCUUCGUCGAUGAAGAAGCCGCCGGAGCCGCUGCGGCGGGCGGUGGCGGAUUGUCUGGCGUCGUCGGCGGCCAGCUCGCACCAUGCCAGCAGUUCGUCCUCUGUGCUGCUCUCCGAAGCUUCGAGAAUUCUGAGGGAUUAUCUGGCAUCCCCAACAACGAUGGACUUGUCUUACAAUGUGAUUUUAGAACAUACCAUUGCUGAGAGGGAGCGCAGCCCUGCAGUUGUUGCAAGGUGUGUGGCACUUUUGAAACGCUACCUCCUAAGGUACAAACCCAGCGAAGAGACAUUACUGCAGAUUGAUCGGUUUUGUAUAAACACUAUUGCCGAAUGUGAUAUUGGUCCAAACCGGAAAUUGUCUCCAUUGUCACAAUCAUUUGCGUCAACAGCAUCUACAAAUACUCCCCCUUUGUCUGUACCUAGUUUUGCUUCUGGGACUCUUGUGAAGUCAUUAAACUAUGUGCGGUCUCUGGUGUCUCAACAUCUUCCAAGGCGAUCAUUCCACCCGGGUGCUUUUUCUGGAGCCCUGUCUGCAACAAGACAAUCCCUUCCGAGUUUGUCUUCUUUGUUGAGUAGAUCCUUCAAUGGGCAGCUAAGCCCUGCACACACUGGGGAACCUUUGGAGAAUAAAGACGUCACAACUAUGUCUAUUUUGAACCUAUCAAAUAUUGAAAAGGUUGAUGGAAUGAAAGAUCUUGAAUACCUCGCACUCGACGUUCUCAGGUGGCGCUGGCUUGGAGAACAGCAGUCAUCAUUAUUGCUAACUGAAAGUGAUCGCGUUGUAAAUUCUCAAGAAAUGAGAACAUAUAAUCUCCUAGAAGUAGGUGCAGCAGCUCUACUUGUUGGAGACAUGAAAGCUAAAAUGAAAGGUCAACCUUGGAAGUUUUUUGGAACUGCUGAUAUGCCUUAUCUUGAUCAACUGUUGCAACCUUCACCAGUAACCGCAAUUACCGAUUCUUCUGCGGCACGUGCCCACUUGAGGGCAAUAACAGCAUCAAAACGCACUAAAUCCGGCCCUAGUCAAAUAUGGGACGAAUCUCCAGUGAGCACAUUUCGUCCCCGGGCUAAACCGCUAUUCCAAUAUCGUCACUACAGUGAACAACAACCCUUGCGCUUGAAUCCAGCUGAGGUUUGUGAGGUCAUUGCUGCAGUUUGCUCUGAGGCAUCUUCACCAACUGCUAAUGUGAUGACAGUAUCAUCUAGAUUAAAUAAUAACUAUGGAAAGCCGUCGAUGGAUGCAGCAGUGAGCGUCUUAAUCAAACUUGUUAUUGACAUGUAUGUUUUGGAUUCUGGGACUGCUGCUCCUCUCACUUUGUCUAUGCUUCAGGAAAUGCUUAAUUCUCCAACAGCAACAUGUAGAGUUCGUGCAUUUGAUUUCAUUCUGAACCUUGGAGUUCAUGCUCAUUUACUAGAGCCAAUGGUUACAGAUGAUGCUUCCACAAUUGAAGAAGAUUAUUCUCAAGAAUCAUAUUUUGACAGUGAAGCUAAGCUUGCAACACAAGAAAUGAGAAGAUCAGAUUCUGUUUUGAUGGGCAGCUCCUCAGCUAUUGAUAAUUUUGAAUCAUGGAUUUUAAAUAUUUUAUAUGAGAUUUUGCUUCUUCUUGUUCAGAUAGAAGAGAAAGAAGAAUCUGUAUGGGCUUCUGCUCUUAGCUGCUUGCUUUAUUUUGUCUGUGAUAGAGGCAAAAUAUUGAGAAACCGGAUAAAUGGACUUGACAUAAGGGUUGUUAAGGCGCUACUAGUAAUUAGCAGGAAGAAUUCUUGGGCAGAAGUAGUUCAUUGCAAGCUUAUUAGCAUGUUAGCAAACAUGUUUUAUCAAGUACCUGAAGAAACUGAUGAGACUGUCUCAAGUACCCGUUUAUUUGUUGUGGAGCAAGUUGAUCUGAUUGGUGGAAUUGAGUUUAUUUUUCUUGAGUAUUCACUAGCAAAAUCAAGGGAUGAAAGAAGAAAUCUGUUUUUGGUGCUUUUUGACUAUGUUUUGCAUCAAAUUAAUGAAGCAUGCAUAGCUACAGGAGGCACGGAGUAUAGCGAUGAUGAGAUUCAGCCUCUUGUUGCUCUUCUCACAAUGGCUGAUGCGUCUGAAGCCGUUUAUAUCUGUAUUAAGCUUGGGGUGAUAGGCAUUGGGGAACUCAUGAGGAAUUCUAUUUCUGAUGCCUUGUCUAGAUAUCCAAACAGUGAACGGCUAAAUAUGCUGUUGGAGAGUGUACUGGAGAAAUUUGGUGCAACCAUUAGUUCAUUUACUCAUUUGGACACGGAGUUCUUACAUAUGAUGCAGAUAACAAAAUCCUACAAGUCUUUGGAUAGCAUUGAAGGUGCAGUUUUAAGAAAUGGUGUUGGCAUGAAAGCAAAGCUCUCAUGGGCCAUUUUGCAUUCCCUACUUCAUUCUGGGAAUAUUGCUUACCAUCGGAAUGCGUAUGUCUGGUUAGCUGACCUGCUUAUUGCAGAAAUUAGUGAUGAAAGGAAUUCAAGUAUAUGGUCAAAUAUUAAAAACAUGCAGCAGAAAAUUUCCCAUGCUGUUGUUCAUGAUUCUGCAGUUGCUUCAGACAUUCCUUCAGAUGUUCCUCUGCCCAUUUCUCUUAUGUGUGGUCUUUUGAAGUCAAAGCACAGCAUCAUCAGAUGGGGUUUUCUGUUUGUUCUUGAAAGGCUUCUCAUGAGGUGUAAAAUUUUGUUAAAUGAAACUAAAACCCAGCAAUCACAUUACAGUGAUGUUGGGAAUAUACACAAGGAUAAUCGUCUUGAGAAAGCUAAUGCAGUGAUAGACAUCAUGAGUAGUGCCUUAUCCUUGGUUUUUCAGAUUAAUGAGACAGAUCGCAUGAAUAUUUUGAAGAUGUGUGACAUACUAUUUUCUCAAUUGUGCUUGAGAGUUCCUCCUGCAAGUGCAACAGAGGUAGGAGAUGAUGUGCAACGUGGUAGGGUUCUUUUUCGCAUGGAUGGUAAUAAGAAGGUUGAUGAUAAGGAGAGUUACCAGGAUGCUUUUACCGAAGAAACUAGUGGCAGAUCUGGCCAGGGUAACAACAAUCCUGUAGAACAUGAGACAGAAUCGAUGGCUGCACUGCUUCUUCGAGGACAAGCUAUAGUUCCCAUGCAAUUGGUUACACGUGUUCCUGCUGCUUUGUUCUAUUGGCCAUUGAUUCAACUUGCUGGUGCAGCUACAGAUAACAUAGCGUUGGGUAUAGCCGUUGGAAGCAAGGGACGAGGGAACCUUCCCGGGGCCACAUCUGACAUACGGGCUACCCUUCUGUUACUUCUUAUCGGUAAAUGUACUGCGGAUCCUACUGCUUUCCAGGAAGUUGGUGGGGAAGAAUUUUUUAGAAAACAAUUCAGGGAACUCUUAGAUGAUACAGACUCGAGGGUAGCAUACUACUCCUCAGCCUUUCUUUUAAAGCGAAUGAUGACAGAGAAACCUGAAAAGUACCAACAUAUGCUUCAGAAUCUCGUUGUUAGAGCUCAGCAGAGCAACAAUGAAAAGCUGUUAGAAAAUCCAUACCUUCAGAUGCGUGGCAUACUUCAGCUGGCAAACGAUCUAGGAACUGGGUUGUAAUCUGGCAAUGCAGAUUUGUAAAUGUUAAUUCUCCUCGACCUUGUAGAAGGUGCUCCCAAGCACAGCUUCAUGCUGCCACUGUAAUGCUCAUGCUAUUUUGCGCUGUCACAAUUUGGCAAGUUCAAAAUGCAUGAUACUCAUUGGGAUCUGAUUUCUGAAUGUUCUUGAAAGAGAUUCUGGCCAAAAAAAUAAACCAGAGAGUAGAAGGUGCAUUCAUAGGUUGGAUACUGCUGGAAAUUUUGCCAAUGGAACACAACGCUCCAAGAUUGGCAAUCGGGGGUUGUGUUUGCUAACAUUAUUAGAAAAUGGUGAGCCAGAUUGAUAUCUACUUUGCAGAUCUUCCUCUCCAGAUUAUUGUAUAGUUAUGUAAUGAGUUGUUGGGGGAGGCGCUCUGUUUUGUAAAAUAUUAAGUUCAUGUUCAGCUGAAGGAUUCUCACUGGAGGCUUGUUGACAAAGAAGUUACAAGUUUGUUCAGGAAAGUUUUGGACAUGUUUAAUGCCGUUCUGCCUUUCAUUCUGCCACUGGACAUUGGGAGUCAUGAUCGCAGGCAUGUAACUUAUCACCAGGCAGUUAAUGUGCAUUACAGUAACGAGAGACUUGGAAGAAACUCUGGAAAUUAUACUCUGUACAGAAUCAAGAUUUCCAUUUCCCUCCAAGCCUUCACCUAAUUUUUUGUCAUUCCUGAAGGCGAUCUUGAUGCUGGCUUUUAUGAAGGCAUACUCGAUUAUAACAUUUUUUCACAUUCCCUAACAUAAGAGUUUCAUUAUCCUGACAGCAACGAGAACGAGGACGUAAUUGAAUCGUGUGUCUCUUGUCUUGUAUGUUCAGUGGGGACUCUAUACGAGAGGGUUUUGGAGGGUAGACUGAAUGCUAUGAUCUCUAAUUCCAUUUUAUGUUGUGGGCAUCACAGAGUGUCCGUUUUUUCAGGGCAUCUCAAAGUGUGCUUGCUAUGAUUUUUGGACCUGCAUGGUUUAUUUUUGACAUUGUAAAUAGGUUAUUAAAUCAGGUAGUUGUUGAUUGUUGUAAAAUGGCUGUAGAAAAAUUUUGCUCAUGUAUGACAUCAAAGUGAUUGAUUUUCUAAGAAAAGUAUUGGUUUUAGUAAA